CUUUCCUCUCUACUAAGUAUAAACACAUCUUUCCCCAACGGGUUGGUUCCCAUUUUCCAUUUCUGGACUACACCAAGGUCUUGAAAAUGGCAGUGAAGCCGGUGGGUUCCUGCUCUCCGGGCCUGACGAAGGUGGGAUUGUUUUUAAUGGCUCUUUGUAUAGCAGCCUACAUUCUGGGUCCGCCUCUAUACUGGCAUUUCAUGGAGGGCUUGCCCGCUUUCUCUUCUUCCUCUCUCUCAACUUGCCCACCUUGCUUUUGUGACUGUUCUUCUCUCACUGACUUUGCCUUCACUGAAGAGCUCGAAAAUACCACUUUUAGAGAUUGUGUGAAACAUGACUCUGGCAUGAAUGAGGAAACAGAAAAGAAUUUUGCAGAGUUAUUGUCUGAGGAACUGAAACUGAGGGAAGCUGAAGCUUUGGAGAAUCAUCGGCGUGCCGACAUAUCUCUACUAGAAGCAAAGAAGAUGACAUCUCAAUAUCAGAAAGAAGCAGACAAGUGCAAUUCAGGCAUGGAAACAUGUGAAGCAGCAAGGGAAAGAGCUGAAGCUACAUUAGCUUCACAAAAGAGGCUAACAGCAUUAUGGGAAACUAGGGCUCGCCAAAGAGGAUGGAGAGACAACAUUGUUACAUCCCGUGGUACCAUCCAAGGCUCAUAAAAGAUCUGAUGCUUAUUGAACGAGUUGCUUUGACAGCAGCUUGGAAUUCAUUGAGCCAGAAGCUUUUCCUUUAUAUAUUCCACUCGCAUUUCUUCAAACUUCCUCCUGUAUAUGAAAAAGAUACAAACCAAUCCCAAAUGUCACUCUCCCUUCCCUCCAAGAUAUCAUGACCCAAAACCUUUAGCAAGGUUAUGCAACAAGCAAACUGGUCUGUUUCAAAUUUUGGUACAACAAUUAGUUAGAUUACUCGUGUAACUUGUUUGUCACUAGAAUGUUUAAGAGAUUGUUGUUGUCCAUCAAUACUGUAUAAGAGAAAGAAAUUUCAUGACUAA